AAUUCAAGUUAUUUAUUUUCUACUAUUUUUACAUUCAAAUUUAUUAUUGUUCAUAGUUUUGAAGCCUAACGCAUUGGUCAUGUCAUUCAACAAAACAUUCGUUUGGGCCCUAUAACUAAAAUCAAACCUUGUUCCCAUAGUCCGAUCAUGCUGGUUUCCAAACUCAUUAAGUUGAUCCUGCCCUGCAUUGUCAAGCCAAAUUUUAUCUAAAUCGGACAAAAAUUACUCAAGUUAUCGCGUUCAUGGAGUAGGCCUAUAUUUUGUAUAGGCCCUAGGCCUACCUAUAAGUUUAAGUUAAAUAUACUUAUGCAAAUGUUAAGUAAAGGCCUACCUACUUACAAUGCUAUGGCAUUUGACUACACAGACUGGGCUCUAUCCACUCCCUUGGUAAGAGCUGUUGUCAACAACAAGCCAGAAGAUGUACGGGAAGCAUUAAAUUGCGGCUUUAGUGCCAAUUUACCAGACCUCCGAGGAUCGACACCUGUUCAUGAAGCUGCUGCGGAAGAUACCAGAAAUGAAUGUCUGAAAGAACUUCUGAGUCACAAAUCUGCAGAUGUCAACGCCCAAACGUUUCUCGAAGAAACUCCUUUGUAUGUGGCAUCCCAGAGAAAUUGUGUAAAGAACGUGAAACUUUUACUAGAACAAAAAAAAUGUAAUGUUAAUCUUAGCCAAGUUUUGGACAUGACUCCACUUCAUGUUGCAUGCAGUGAAGGUAAUGUACUCAUUGUGAAACAAUUGAUUGAGUUUGGGGCUAAAGUCAAUGUGACAGAUCAUGACGGUUAUACACCAUUACAUGCAACUGUUGCUUCUCACAUGCUGAAUAGAAGGACAGAUAAUGUCAGUUAUGAUAUUUGUAAGUAUAUUCUAGAGAAUGGGGGCAAACCUGACGUAAUAGAGUACAAAGGUAACUACCCCUUCCAUUUUGCUUGUCAAAAUGGUCUUUUCAAAUGUGCUAAGUUGUUGUUGUCUGUUUCAAAACAAAAUGAUCUCAUAAAUUUGAAGUACUGCGAUGAACGCACUCCACUGAUGAUCGCAGUAAAGUCUCUCAACGUGCCUGGUGUAGAGUUUCUCCUGGACCAAGGAGCUGAUGUAAACAUCGCAGACAGACAUGGUGUUACAGCUCUCCAUAUUGCGGCUUGCACCGGUGACUUUAGGUUGUUCAGUUUGAUUUUGAGGGAAACCAAUAAUGAGUGUAUCCUCAAAUACUGUACUUUUGACGAGGAGAGGGACUUUGAACGAUUAGCAUCUGGUAAAUGGUUGAACAGUUUGAUUUGUUUCGCUAUCGACACAGAAAACCUGGAGUUUUUAAACCAAGUGUUGAAAUCUGAUUUGGACGCUGCAGUGCUAGUUUGUCCAGAGAGUCACACUGAUGACCUUUUUACUUUGCACACUCCAAUUACAUUUUUGCUGGAGUGUAAAAUGUGUGAGCUGGGAGAUUCAACUUUGGAUUUUCUUCACACUCUGAUUGAACAUGGUGUUCCUUUAAAUGUCACCAGUAAGCACCCGCUGGUUAACUACAUUAGUCCAAUUUGCGCCGUACUAGUCGCCUCGAAUUAUUUUUCGGACAUUAUUUUGAAAUGCUUGAAAGUUUUACUAGACAGAAAUGUAGACCCAGACGAACCACAUGGUAGGAUGCCAUUUGCCAUGGAACAAGCAAUCAUGAGGCAAAACACAGAAGCGGUGUUGUUGCUUCUGCAAUAUUCCAAUGUGUUGGAGCCAGAAGAUAUUAUCCAUUGGAUUAUAGACGAAACUUAUAAAAGUCAAGAAAAUAUACUUGAGGCUCUUUUACCUUUGGCACCCUACUAUAAACCAUUAGAAGAUCUUCGUCCUUAUUUAACUUAUAGUUUUAAAAGGAAAGAAUUGCUUACUCAAAAAGUGCAUCCCUUAACUCAUUACUGCAGGACAGUUAUCAGGAAGCAACUUCACAAAGAGACUGAAUCCUGCCCAACAUUGUUCAGGCGGCAUUUAUCUGGUUUAAUGAUUCCCAAAGACUUAUACUCAUUCCUUAGUUUCAUUUAAACAGUUUUCUUUCAUUUUGUACAAAUUUUAUAUAUUAUAUCGGCCUAAACAAAAAUGUAUAGGUAGUAUUUUUACAACACAGCUGUAAAUUUGCUUGCUGUUAGCUUUUUUAACUAAUAUUUUCUCCAGCAAAUAUACCCUUUAGUCCAGUCAAGGAAUGAGGUGUAGAGUGUGUGAGCAGGUAACUAAAUGAUUC